AUGGCUAGAAUCAUUCCUGUAUUGACACUUAUCUUGGCAGUGGCAACUGCUAGAGUAGCAAAGAGUGAAAGUCCAAAAGAAGUGUUGGCAUAAAUCAACAAAGAUUCAUUUGGUAAUUCUGUAUUAUCUGUCCUCCAACUCUAAUUGGCAACAGGAGGACCAGUCGGAGAAAUCUAAAUCCUUUUAAACAACAUUGCCUCAUAACUCAAUGGAGAUUAAAAGAAAGCUGACAAAGUUCACGAAAGUGACACAGUUGCCUUCGAGAAGAUCAUUGCUGAUUUAGAAUAAGAAAUCGCUUAUCACUCAAACUUAAAUCGUUGCUCUUUCAAACUUGAGAGAUUCAACAACUGAAGCAUUAGGAGAAGCUGAAGUUGAAGUUAGAGUUGUCACAUCUGAUAUUGCCAAUAACGAAAAGAGCUUCGCCGACGAAUCUGCCACAAGACAAUCAUAACACGAUACAUGGGUUAGAAAGGAUGCAGAACACGUUGACUAAAUAGACGCCAUUGAUGAAGCUUCUAAGAUCGUUUAACACUUAUAAGCAGGUGUUGCAUUUGCUCAACUCAAGAGCAGAUUCGAGA